CGUGCGCGCGCCUUCGUUCGCUCGUUCGCUGUCCCUUCAUUUUUCCUCCUCCCUCCCUGCCUCGGUCUCUCUCUCUCUGUCCCUCCCUCUCUCUCUCUCCCUCGAGCUCCCCGCCAGCCGCCGCUCCCUCACGCUCCCCCAAUCUCGGAAAGGCUCUGCCGAGCGAUGCAAGCUGUGGGAGACAGCGACACCGCCUUCUGCUAGAGCCCUGCCCCCCGGCCCGGCCCCCUGCCCAGCCCUGCCCAGAGCGCGGGGGUCGGCGAAGGCGCAGGGGACGCACCGACGGCGGAGCCCCGGCGAUGCACAUGCAAUAGCAGCACCCCCUAACUCACGCCCUCCACACCCCGCGCCGCCGCCGCCGCCGCCGCCUCCGCCUCCUCCUCCGCCUCCUCCGGCAGCCGAGGCAGAAGGACCCACCCUGCCCCCACCCCACCCUCCGCCGGCUCCGGCUGCGGAUCCAGCCUCGACUCUUAUUUUAUUUAUUUUGGGUCGUGCACUAGCCUCGGUGCCUGCAUCCCGCGCCUCCUCGGCCCUCGGGCGCCUCCUCCCUCGGCUCGGGAGCCUCAGACCCCGGCCACCCUCGCCUCCGCACCCCCAGACCCCUGCCGGCUGCCGCGAGUCUCCGCUGCUGGAAUCUUGAUAGCGGCUCUCUUUUGGGGGGUCUCCGGUUUUUCGGCAUUUUUGUUCCCACCCAAGAAGAGGAUAACGUGAUUUUUCCCCCUUUGAGCCCAGGCUCUGCUCUCUGGGGGGGUGGGGGGCGCGCCGAGCCGGGGAGCCGAGCCAGCCGAGUCCUGCGGGCUGUGGCAGGGAAGGGGCCACCACCAUGGGAUGUACUCUGAGCGCAGAGGAGAGAGCCGCCCUCGAGCGGAGCAAGGCGAUUGAGAAAAACCUCAAAGAGGAUGGCAUCAGCGCCGCCAAAGAUGUGAAAUUACUCCUGCUGGGGGCCGGAGAAUCAGGAAAAAGCACCAUUGUGAAGCAGAUGAAGAUCAUCCAUGAAGAUGGCUUCUCCGGAGAAGAUGUGAAGCAGUACAAGCCUGUGGUCUACAGCAACACCAUUCAGUCUCUGGCAGCCAUUGUCCGAGCCAUGGACACUUUGGGCAUCGAAUAUGGUGACAAGGAGAAAAAGGCCGAUGCCAAGAUGGUUUGUGACGUGGUGAGUCGCAUGGAAGACACUGAGCCCUUCUCCGCCGAGCUGCUUUCUGCCAUGAUGCGACUCUGGGGUGACUCAGGAAUCCAAGAGUGCUUCAACCGGUCUCGGGAAUAUCAGCUCAACGAUUCUGCCAAAUACUACCUGGACAGCCUGGAUCGGAUUGGGGCCGCCGACUACCAGCCCACUGAGCAGGACAUCCUCCGAACCAGGGUCAAAACCACAGGCAUCGUAGAAACCCACUUCACAUUCAAGAACCUCCACUUCAGGCUGUUUGAUGUCGGGGGCCAGCGAUCUGAACGCAAGAAGUGGAUCCACUGCUUCGAGGACGUCACGGCCAUCAUCUUCUGCGUCGCACUCAGCGGCUAUGACCAGGUGCUCCACGAAGACGAAACCACGAACCGCAUGCAUGAAUCCCUGAAGCUUUUCGACAGCAUCUGCAACAACAAGUGGUUCACAGACACCUCCAUUAUCCUCUUCCUUAACAAGAAGGACAUAUUUGAAGAGAAGAUCACGAAGUCCCCACUGACCAUCUGCUUUCCUGAAUACACAGGGCCCAGCGCCUUCACAGAAGCCGUGGCUUACAUCCAAGCCCAGUACGAGAGCAAGAACAAGUCAGCCCACAAGGAGAUCUACACCCACGUCACCUGUGCCACGGACACCAACAACAUCCAGUUUGUCUUUGACGCCGUGACGGACGUCAUCAUUGCCAAAAAUCUGCGGGGCUGUGGACUCUACUGAGCCCCAGCCCCCGGCCCAGAUGCCCAUGCCCUGCCCAACCCCCACCCACUCUUCCCUGGAACCAGAGCUCUGCCACUUCUCAGACCGCUCUUUGCACUGAGGAAGAAGACCCAAGAGGCUGGCACCAGGGGGGAGGAGGGAGCGCCCUUCAUGCACCCCCACCUCUACCCCUCCAACAGCUGGAUGCGCGGUAACUGGGCUGGACAGGGGUGCUGAGCGCCGUGCCAUGCACCACAAGGCAGGAGACCUCCUCCUAGCGCCUGGGUGCCGCUCCCUGGCCACUGCUUUGUCUAAGUGUUUUGUUCAGAGGCUGGGGUGUGGAGUGUGUGAAGCUGCCAUUUGAUCCAGAAUGGGCAUGUCUUGUACUCUGUGGCGCUUAUGGAAGUUCUGAGGCCUCCUGCCAUCUGGGUGUUCUGGUGGCAGGAUGGCCUACAGCAGCAUGCAGGCAGCUUGAGGGGCAGUAGUAGCCGUCCUUCAGCUUUGCGUGGGCUCUGUCUGGUUGAGUGCUGCUCCGUCACCAAAAGCCAGGGUGGAACCAGGCCAACCUCGUGUGAAGUGAGGGCUCAGGUCUUGGCGGGGUCUCCCACCUCCUCUGGUCAUCUUCCCCUGCCCUUCCCCCAACAGGAGCCCCAGUCCUGACUGCCUCAGGCCUGGAAUGCUCUGAGAACGACUGGCUGCAAAGGUGGGUGGCUGGAGUCCAGUCCUGCAUCAGACAGAGUUAAGGAACAGGAGGGAGGCCCUUGGGCGGGAGGCGGAGGCAGCAGCACAGAGCUCCAGCUGGUCUCCUGGCACAGUGGACAUACUUUUGCUUCUUGAAGUCAGCAGUGAGCCCAACUGAAACCAGCAGGGAUGGGCAGAGCCCUUUGAGCCGGGGGUCCUGGCAGUAGGAGGCCUAGGGGCGGUGUGGGCCAUGCCCUGCGGCCAGUGCCCCCACUUGGCUCCAUCUUGGUCCAGAAGUCAGGAGGCCCCCGUUGUCCUCCCAGCCUCCAACAGCAGAGGAGGACAGGUAGAGGGAACCAGUGCCCUGGAGUGUGAGCUCUGAAGGCCCAGGCCCACUCGGACGCAAAACCUGGCCCCCGGAGGGGGAGGAGGAGUUUUGCUGCAGAAGUCCCUGAGUAGAGGUGGGUGGCUUCUGGUGAUCCUAGCUCUGGCUGGCCUUGGGCAGUCAACAUACCUGCUUCUGAGUCCUGGGCUCCUCCAGUUGCUUGAUGCCAUAGCCAGUAGCCCAGGCGGAUGUGCCACAAAAGGGCGGAGGGCUGCCUCCUGAGAGGCCUCUGCCUCCUCCGCAAGCCCCAUGGUCUCCUCGUCUCCUCUCUAAACACAGCUCUGUCCCAAGCCAGGCAGGGUCCCUGGGCAGCCCCCUGACCUGCCUGGGAGCCAGGAAGAGCCCCAUACCUACAGCUUUGCAUUUGUUGGCUCUGACGGGCACAGAGCUCUGGGUGGAGCAGGAGAUCCUGGGGCCCUGUCUCGUGCCAAAUGCCUGCUUUGGGGUGGCCCUCCCUGCUCUGUCUUGCAGCUGCCUCUCGCAGCCAGGCUGCAGGAGCCAGCCCACCCACCCCACUCAUCACCUGUGUGUUAGCCUCCAUCACUUCUGAACCUCGUACCAGGCACUGGCACACGGCCGAGGACGGGCCCUUGGCGCCAGUCCUGUCCAUGUCCUUCCGUGAGAGGCUCAGGUCUGUUGAACCACUUUGCCCAACACUGAAGUCACGUGGGUGAGGCCAGCUGUGUCCCCCAUUCCACCGUACAGUCUGGGCCCAGAAUUGGAAACACUUGAAGAGAAGGAGAUUGGCAAAUGCCUUCUCUAAGGCCAUUGCCCCUCGGUGGAAGUCACAGACCUGUCACCCCCGGGCUCUUCAUCUCCCCCACUGGCCAGAGCCCCAGGCUGGAGUCAGGACACUGGACCCUUUCCUCCCCUCUGUAGGGUUAGGGGGCAGGUGCUCAGGGCCUUCCCGCUCUGCCCUCAGACUGCCUUUUUCUUCUCUCAGAUGCUCUGUCCUGCUCAGUUGUCUCACACUGCUUUCGACUGGUUGUCCCACCCCAGCCUGCCAAGGGAGGGCCUUUCGGUUGCCUAGUGUAAGCCCUCAAGGAGAGCAGACCCAGGGGCGUCUCCCUGAGCACCACAGUUCCCAGCCAUGUCGUCACCAGUGCCUCUCCCACGGGGCGGAGGGGAGCAGCUGGGGGUGAUGUGGGUUUUGGCUCCGUCGUGGAUAAGGAUGUGGGGGGAAGUGUUGCGAGUGACCGGGCAAGGGUGGAUUGCUCAUCCACAGUGGCCCUGGGUGUGUCCCCAAAGAGGCCAUGCUAGACUGUGGCUCUAAUUUAGCAGGCCGAGUGGAAGCUGACUUUUAGGAAGGUUACCUUUGCCAAACUGGUGAAAAUGUGCCUAUCACUUAGAUGCCUAGGAGCAAGCUCCGUGCCCUGCCCAGUAGCAGUCCCAAGAACCAGGCCUCUGAGUUCCCUGCCUGAGUGGGGUGGGGAUAUUUGAGGCCAAGGACUCUGGCCUGAGGAGCCUAUGUCCUCACCAGUAGCCCUGGCCUUCUGGGUCCCCUGUCUUAGUGCUGUCUCUUUCUGCCCCCACUGGCCUGGCUGAGCCCAGGCAGACCUUCACUGUGUCCAGUGCCAGGAAGCAACUCUGCCUGCCAGCCGCUGCGCCCAGCCCAUCCCCACACCCUACUGGUGGGAACUGGAGGCGCCUCUGCCCACAGGAACCGAGAGGCAGGCGGCAGCCUAACACCUCCCCAGCUCUGUAGCCAGGCUGUCCGCGAAGCCCCAGCAGCCAGGGCCCUGGCAUCGCCUCACCAAGCCUUUCCUUCCACCAGCAGGAUUACACCACAGCCCCCUGUCAUGCCCCAGCGGCAGACUCUUCUUUCUGGCCAGCCUGCAUCUCCCUGCCACCUUGUCACCAUCUGACCUAGUGUACCCUUAAACCUUCUUGACAUGUAAUCCCAAAACCCAGCUGACAUAAGGAGUCCCACCUCUUCCCUCCAGACCCAGUAGCAGCUGCCCACCCGCUACUGAGCUUCUCUGGCUGCCUGUGCUUCUCUCUGACCCUUCUAAAAGCCUCCAGACAGAGCCAGGCAGCUCUCAGGAGCCCACACCUGAGGCUCCAACCCCAUAUAAACAGGAUUGACCUGGGGUGCUGAAGGUUAGCACUCCAGACCGUUGCCCCUGUCGGGUCACAGGCAGAGAGUGAAGGGUCCCAGCAGCCCAGAGCACAGGGCCAGGGUGUGAGCCAUGACCCUGGGGCCUGGGGCCCAGCUCCCUAUUCCCCAGUCCCUCAGUGGGGAGAGCCUUGCAUUUGAUUUACCCUCCCCAGAACGUGGAGCUGGGGCCUCCAGACAGACCCCACCCCAGGCAGGUGAAGUCCCUGUCAAGGAAGAGGUAGGCGGGAGCAACAGCACAGAGACUGGCCCCAUCAAAAGUCCUAGGCCCGCUCAGGGAGGGGCGCCCUUUCCAGGGUCACUGCCAUCCCCAGUUCCUGCGCACCAGGAUCAGCAGUGCAUGCCUCUCCUCACCUGGCUCCCAUGCCCAGCUCCUGAGGCCCCACAUCUGCCCUCCACAUCUGCCCUCCACAUCUGCCCUCCCUGUCCUGGGCAGAUACACCUUCACCUGCUGGUCUCUCCCCGCCGCUUCUCACUGGUGCCCUAGCUGUGCCUCCCCCUGCUGGGUCUGAGGCGAGGUGGGCCUGGCACCCCACUCCCACCUUAGCAGAGCCUUACCUAGGUGCAGUGGUCGCACCUCCCAACCCGCCACUGCCAUCCAACCCAUAUUAACUGUAAUUUUGCAAGAAGAGUGACUUGUUGGUUUAAUAAAUCUCUAGUUAUUGUAAUAAUUUA